CGUAUAUCUCGAUUGACGAGGCGAGUAAGCCCCUGGCUGCCGACUGUGCAGAUCCAACGCGCCCUCGCAUCUGUAAUUAAGAUCCAUAACUAGAAAUCGCUUUGGGCGCGCAUGCAGCUGCAGCAAAAUUAUUGACAAUACAGCAAUUGAUGUAAGUAUUAGCUGGCCAGAACCGCAAUCGAUCACUGCAUUGAUGGACUAUAUAUGCAGUCCGCUCGCCUAGCAGCUUCGCAGCCAACCGCACGCUCCAAACAAAAAUCAGAAAGCAGAAAAAGAAAUACUAACAUCAAGUUUAUACAAGGCGGUCUGAUUAAGCAAUUGCAAUAAUACUAUUAUCGGCCUCGGGCAGGCUAAAUCUAAACGCCAUCUCCCCCCGCUCUCCUUUUCAUCUUUUCUUCACCCCUGUCUUGUCUUGGUCAACACCACACCCUCUCUCCCGGCCUCCCCCCUUUGCGUCUUAUAUCGGAAUAUAUACAGAGACGGCCAGCAUCGUCAUACCAUGGCCCCCUCCGACGAUAUCCGGGUCGGCGACCAGGUAAACGUCCCCGGGGGCAUGCACGGCGUGGUGCGCUUUCUGGGCAUAGUCGAUGGGAAGCCAGGACGUUUUGCCGGCAUCGAGCUGGCCGCCGAGCACGCAUCCAGGGGCAAGAACAACGGCGAUGUCGACGGCCGAAGCUAUUUCACCACCGUUGUCCCUGGCGCUGGCAUCUUCGUGCCCAUCAACAGCUCCAAAUAUGUCACCAAACGAACCGUCAUCACCCCGCCCACCCCGUCUCGUCCAUCGAUAUCGACAAACUUCAGCAAAUCAGUCGGUCCGCCGUCAAUCUCUCGCCCGCGUGUGCGCCGUCCAUCCUUGCCGCGCCCUGAGUCGCCUCGCACCGCGCCGCCGAACAGAUUGAACUUGCCUGCCUUGCGCAGUCCGUCGUCGACGGUCUCGAAGCCGCUGUCGGCUGGUAUCUCCAACGGAUUCCCGCGAACGCCGUUCAAGACGCCGUCAAGACUGUCUGAUCGUCCUCCGUCGAGAGUGAGCGUGGAUGACGAUACACCAACAUCCGGCAAGUUUCCGCCUGCAUUUGGUGGCGGGCCAGCCGCGCAUGAGCUACAGGAAAAGGUCAAGAAGCUAGAGCAAGAGCUGAAGGACCGUGAUCGACAGCUCGAGGAUCAGUCGUCUGCGCUUGCAGAGCUCCAGCAGAGUAUUACAGAAUUGGAAGGACAGGACGGUGCUUCGAUUCGUGCUCAGCUACGAGAGAAGAACGAGAAGAUUGCGCAGCUAACAGCCGAGUUUGAUAGCCACCGCGCGGAUUUCCGCAGCACAUUAGAUACGCUUGAAAUAGCUGCUACGGAGACAGAAAGAGUAUAUGAGAAAAGAUUGGACGAAGUUAUGCAGCAGAAUCGGGAAUUGCAGGACCGGGGAGAAGAUGUGGAGGCAGUUGCCAUGCAACUUAAGCAGCUCGAGGAACUAGUCUCUGAAUUGGAAGAAGGCCUAGAGGAUGCACGGCGAGGAGAAGCGGAAGCCAGAGGAGACGUUGAGUUUCUGCGUGGGGAGGUUGAACGAACGCGACUCGAGCUGAAGCAAGAACGCGAAAAAUCAGCUGCUGCGUUGAAAGAUGCUGAAGGACGACGAAACACGAGGGAACUAGAUCAGAAAGACGACGAGAUUCGAGGGCUGAAAGCUAUCAUCCAUUCUCUGAGCAGAGGGGAUGUAAACCCAGCCCUGUUGAAUCAAAACGGGCCUAUGUCUCCUACCAGCAUAGCGGAAUCAGACCCGAAGGAUACAGAGCGUGUGUCCCAGCUUGAGCAGCGCAUUCAAGAGCUCGAAGGCCUGGCAGACUCUCGCUCAACUCGUAUAGAAGAGCUGCAACAGCAAAUCAGCCAGCCCCAGAAUCGCAACUCCCUCAACCGCAAUUCUAUGAAUGGAGUGAGAAGCCGAAGCGGUACAGUAACCAUCGCGCCUCUCAGGCAGAUGAGGUCGUCUCAUUCUGCUCGAGGGAGCCGUGGCACUUCCGUCAGCCAUGUCCAUAGUCUCUCCGACAGAACCGUCGUCCCGCCAGACUGGCAAGACUCGCCGAGCCCCGACGAACUAGGCUCACCGCCGACAACCACCUAUCCUGAGACCAACAACCACAGCGAGGAUAUCGACCGGGACUCCGACCAACAGUCCUCCGAGCACGGCUCUCUCUGGUGCGAGAUCUGUGAGACCAACGGCCACGACAUUCUGACCUGCACGACAUUCGGUGCCAACGGCAACCACCAGGCACACGAUAUUGAGAGCAAACCCGAACCCAUCACCAGCCCGUCCAAACCAGCAAUCGAUACUAUCACUGAAUCUCCGACGCAAAACCACCACCACUCCAACGGUUUCAAGCAGCCAGUCGAAAGCCCAGUAUCGCACAAGACCGGCCGAGACGCCGUUCUCGAGGGACUCAAGGGCAUUGGCGGACUGACCAACUCGAUGGGCCCUGUCGCCGGUAGAUCCUCUGGGGUGGUUGACGAGAGCAAAUGGUGCGCAUUAUGCGAGCGAGACGGUCAUGAGAGCAUUGACUGUCCUUUCGACGAUUGAUCGAUUGCCAAUUCAUUAAUAUAUGCAUUUCCAUGGGAGUGAGAGUGGGGGUUGGGUUAUUGUUAGAUUUACCAUUAGAAGGACGACGUCAUGUCAUGUACCAUGGGACGAGAUCAAGACCUUCCUCUCUUUCUGCCAACAUCUCUUGUUUCAGCAGUCGCAAUAUCGUUGCAUGUGUAAUGUACUAAUAUUCUGUGAUAGCAGAUUUGAAUGUUUGGGCUGUGCCAUUUGCUUCGCGUCUAGCGUUCUUCUUCUAUAUUUAUUCAACAGAACAGUUUUGUUGUACAAAUUAAUCUUAAUCAUUUAUUUA